CCUUCUCGGAGGCGUCCUCCUUGCCGAUCGCGGCCUCCACGGUUCUCCUGGUACACGCUGACGGUCGGCAUGGCGCCCGCCCGAGGCAGCCGCCGCGCGCGCGCGCCGCGCGUGCCCCCCCCCCCCCCGCGGCGCCUCCGCGAUGCCGGGCGCCGUCGCCGGCGGGCGGCGCCCGACCGGGAAGGAGAACGACCCGGAGCGGGCGAACGCGAGCAGGGGUCAGUUCCAGGCGCCCGUUGCGACCCCGGCCCGGGCGAAGAGGGCCAGCGCCGACGCUGCGCCGGGCGCCAGCGGGCCGCCAGCGAAGCGGGCGGCGUCCCGCAAGGACUUCCUCAGCCUGCUGGAGACGGCGGCGCCGGACCUCGCCGGCAUCGUGGCCGAGUACCUCUGGGGACAGGUCGAAGAGAGGACCUCGUGCCCCGCCACGGGGCUCGUCCAGGCUCGCCGCGGCGUGCUGCCCGAGGUCGGGCGCCUGGUCACCUGCGGCAAGACCUUCGGCGUGUUUGUGAUCACGGGCUGCAAGGAGCGCCGGGGGUGCGUGGCCGCGGCCUCUCGAUCCGCGGCGGGGCUGCGGGGCCACAUCGACAUGGUCAACUUCCUGGAGCGCUUCCGCUCCCUCUGGGCGGCGUCCAGGAGCCUGCGCCUGCAGAGGAGCGACGAGGCCGACACCAUGGAGGUCAAUGCGUACCUGAGCUAUCUCAUGGACGCCAAGCCGGUGUAGUAAGCGAGCGCUUUGCUGCUUCCCCCCUCCAUCGCUCCCCCAUCCUUCCUCCC